AUGAACGAGUUAAUGUUGGUCUGGCUACUGAAUAACCCCGAGGUCAACAACCCCAGCUGCAACAAUCUCCUGGCCGACUCCUCCUACUGCGUCCAGGCCGUGGGCGAUAUCGUGACCUAUUCAGGAUACGGGGGAUAUAGCAACCCCUGCAUAACAUCAGUUCCUCUCCCAUCCGGCUGUAUCGCAACCGCAGUGACGACUACUGACUCUACCUGGGUGUUUUCCACCUACACGACUAACACCACCCAACCAAUCCGUUUACCGUUGGCUCCGGGGACCUGGUCCAACUGCUCGUCUUACACGCAGUACAUUGCGCCGGUGCGGAAUACCUCAACAAUCAACUCAUGCUACGUCGUGGCAAGCAUCUAUGAAGUGGAUGUGACAGACUUUGUGUCCUGGAAUCCCUCCCUCUCUUAUGACGAGGACACGGAUGAUCCCAACGACUGCCAACUCAUACCGGGGUAUCAGUACUGUCUCCAGUUGACUAAACCCACGGCUACACCCACCACCACAACAAGAAGAACAGUAACCAGCACGACAACUAGUGGACAGGCCACGAGCACGGGACCAAAUGGUCAGCCCACCCCGUUGCUAAUUCAGGACGGAAUGACCACCAGCUGUGGCACCUUCUAUCUCGUCAAAAUCGACGAUAGCUGCUACAACAUCACAACGUCGUACAAUAUUGCCAUAAGCAAGUUGUAUAUCUGGAACCCGGCAUUAAACGGGGACUGUACGGGCCUGUUUCCGAAUUAUUAUAUCUGCGUAGGGUUGAUCGGUAACACAACUGCUACCACAACAACGACAACAUCAUACGGAGGAGUUUCAACACCUACCCCAACCCAAGCCGGAAUGGUAGCAGGCUGUACAUCCUUCUACUAUGUCCAAAGCGGGGACGGCUGCUCCGACAUCGCGACAAAUAAUGGUAUCGCCCUGGGCAAGUUAUACAUCUGGAACCCAGCGUUGAAUGAGGAUUGUUCCGGUUUGUGGCCGAACUAUUAUAUCUGUGUCGAUGUUGGCACUACCAAUGCCACUACUACAACUGCCACGACGACGGCAGGGGCAGUCGCAACGCCAACUCCUACCCAAGCCGGGAUGGUAAGUAGUUGUAAAUCCUUCUACUACGUCCAAAGCGGGAACAGAUGUUCCGACAUUGCGGCAAAUAACGGAAUCGCCCUGAGCAAGUUGUAUAUCUGGAAUCCAGCGCUGAAUGGGGAUUGUAGUGGAUUGUGGCCCGAUUAUUAUAUUUGUGUGGGGGUGUGA